GCAGUUAUGUUGUCUUUAGUAACCGGUUUGGACCGGAACAGAUACACUUGCUGCUAACUGCUAAUAAUAAUCAUAAUAAUACACACGCGCAACAUGUUUAGCAUGAAUGCUAACAAAGUGUUGAUGAUGUCUGGCUUUUCCUGUCUCGUUUUUCACAAAUUUGUCCAAUUUGCCUGGUAUUUCCCUUCCAGACUAAACGAACACUUAUUCAGUAGCUAUCAGACAUACUGUAAUUGGGCUUUUCUGUGGUGCCUUUGUCUGGCUGGGAAGUUAUAAGAGCAUCGAAAUGUGAGCAGACCAGCAGGAACAGCUUCAAACCGGUUUCAGCACCGCCGCAACAAAAGCGGCUCCAGCACACUGCCUGAACUCAGAGAAACACACACACUCACACGCAGUGGACAGCUGGUAUGAUUCAGCUGCAUAAGAGUGUAACCAAAAUUCGUUUUUUCUUGUCAUUUAUCCAAAACGUCAUGAUAUUACGGUUCGGUCGUGUAGCGGUCCAAAGACGCAGUUCAGCAUCUUAACCGCGCUCUUUACAUUUCAGCGACUGGCUGCACAUUUCUGGGAUCUCUUUGAAGAACCUAGCCUCUAAGAAUGAGUCUACAGAGCUCUAAGAAAGCCAUGGAUGGAGGCUGGGGCUGGGUCAUUGUCGUGGCCUCGUUCAUAGCCCAGCUCCUCGCCUACGGCUCCCCCCAGUCUGUUGGAGUGCUGUACCCCGAGUGGCUCGAUGCCUUCCAAGAGAGCAAGGGGAUGACCGCGUGGGUGGGUUCUCUCGUCUCCGGGGUCGGCCUCAUUGCCAGUCCCAUAUGCAGUGCCUGUGUGGUAAACUUCGGAGCCAGGCCUGUGACCAUUUUCAGCGGAGUCAUGAUUUCUGGAGGCCUAAUGCUUAGUGCCUUCGCUCCCAAUGUCCACUUCCUCAUGUUUUCCUAUGGCGUAGUCGUCGGAGUCGGCUGUGGACUUGCGUAUGCUGCUACUGUGACCAUCACAUGCCAGUACUUUGAUAAGAAGCGUGGCCUUGCUCUUGGCAUCGUUACUACAGGUACAAGUAUUGGAGGAUUCCUUUAUGCCACUGCACAGAACGAGUUCAUUGAGCUUUUCGGUCUUGAUGGCUGCCUGCUGCUCAUUGGAUCGUUUUCACUGAACAUCGUUGCCUGUGGUGGACUGAUGAGACCAUUACACUUGCCAGCUUACUACCUCAAGCAGAGAGCUGCCCUGGUGGAGAAGGCUGAAGAGAAGCUCAAUGAAAGGCCCCUGGCCCUGGACCACUCCAUCAAAAAGGACCUGCCCGUCACUGAUCUGCUGAUCCCAGUGGAGACCAAAGACACCUUGGCUUCUGAAAAGGAACUGCUGAUCUGCUCAGCCUUGGUCAGACUGCUCAAGAAGAAGCAAAAGGCCUACAUCGAGUACUUGAACUCCAUUGCUGAAAGAAUGAAGGAUCGGGUAUUUGUAGCUAUGUGCUUGGCACUGUUCCUCUACACCGUUGGGGCAUUUCCUCCACUGCUCUUUCUGGAGGACGUAGCCCAAAGUGAGGGUUUGAUUGAAGGUAUCAGCGUUGUCCCUCUGGUCUCAAUAUUUGCUAUUGCAGGGGGCAUUGGGAAGCUUCUCCUGGGAAUGGUGAUGGACGUCCGCUGGAUGAACAGCUUUUUUCUCUACGGAGUCACACUCGUAGGCAGUGGCAUGGCACUGCUGCUGAUCCCUUUCACUACGAGUUACGUAGGGCUCCAGGUGAUCUCAGCAGUGCUGGGUUUCUUCUCAGGGAACUGGUCUAUCACACCCUACAUGACCACCAAGGUGGUUGGCAUAGAGCGGCUCACAGAGGCCUACGGGAUCUUGAUGUUCUUUGGUGGAUUUGGGAUCAUGCUGGGACCUCCAGUCGUAGGCUGGUUCUAUGAUUGGCUGCAGUCCUAUGACCUGGCUUUCUACUUCAGUGGGAGUUGUGUGCUGCUGGGUGGAGUGCAACUUCUAAUCUCUGCCCUGUCCUGCUGGGACAAAACCCACGACUCAUCUGCCAAGCCUGAAGCAGAGUGCACUCAUAACUGUGACCGCGUGGCUGCCGUAGCCUAAAGGAUGGACAAUCUUUUCUUUGCCAGUGAUUUGUCUGCUCAAAACCUUUCUGAAUCUGAAGAUGUUUUUGGUUGAUUUUACUUUUAUGCCUUAUUGUUAGUUGAUGUUUGAAUUUUUGUCAUUUGAUGCUUCAGUCGGUGUUUUGCAAACACCAAUGGACUCAAACUCAUCCUGUUUUCAGUUGUCUUUACCUAGCCUUGUUUUAUGAGGCUACAGGGUAUGCUGGCAAAUUUAAAAAGAAAAAAAAAAAAGACUAAUUCUUCAUUAUUGAUGCUGUCUGUUUUUCUUGAAACGCAUGUCCAUGCAUUGUGUUUCUUUUAUAUUGUAGUAACUGAGAUCAUUAUACCAUGACACUCAUUCAGGACAUGAUGCAAAUGUCCAACAUGGUUGUAUUGAAGAUGGACCACUAUACUAUGUUCUGGUCCCUUAUUAAUGACAUCUUCAAUUUGAUUGUUAGUUGUUUGUGUUAAUGUUGUACCAAAGUUUAAAAUUUUUUUUAUUGUAUUGGACAAAGGGUUAAAUCGACAAUCUCAUGCCACAAAUUUUAAACCCGGUCUGUUUUUGUGCUGCUGAAGUCGUCUUUUCCAUCUAGUGUUGGCCUGUGAUCAUCAGGAGCACAGCAUGUUUCAACAAGGUGACUAACCGGACUCAAAAACUAUUCAAGUGUUCGAUGUGUGUCAGUCCACUUGGAUUUCAUUUCAUUUCAAGCAAGUCAAUAUAUUUCAAGCAAUAUGUAGAUAUUUUUUGUGUCUAUUUCUAUUUGUUUGCACUAACAUUUUUAGACUGUUGUAUUUUUUUACAUGCACUGAAGUAGGUUGCACAGUGUUGAUUUUCUGUAUCGUUCGUGUCUUUCUUAUAUGAAGAGUUAUUUUACUUGAACAGCUGCUGCAUGAUAUUAUUAUUAUUAUUAUUAUUAUUAUUAUUAUUAUUAUUAUUAUUAUU